AUGGCUUGCGUCCAAGUGCGAUUGAGCUGGCCUCGUCCACUCCGCUGGGCUAACAAAGCGCUUGCAUUCGCUGCCCCUGAGCGACACUACUCAGCCAAGUCUACCAGCGACGACAUCGCUGCGCUUCUUUCUAAACCGACAUGGUCUGUCCAGUCUUUGCUUCCAAAUACCCAUGACUCGACAAAACCGCUAUCAAUCACCACGGAAAGCCUUCGCCGUCUACUUCGUUUGUCGGCCCUCCCGCAGCCGGUCGACAAGGCAGAGGAGACAAAGAUGCUGAAAACGCUUGAAUCCCAGAUCCAUUUUGUGAGAUCGAUCCAGGAUGUGGAAACGAAGGGCAUAUCGCCGCUACAAGCUAUCCGCGACGAGAGCCGUGAGGCUGUCAAGGAGUCUACAAUCGGAUUGAAGACAUUGAAGGAUGCUCUGGCCAAGGAGAAGGUGACCGGUCGCAGUAAGAGGAUACAACGCGAAGCCGCGAUAGAAGACGAGAAUACCGGGCACGUUGAGGACGACCAAUGGGAUGGAAACGCCUUGGGCUCGGCUACAAAGACAGCAGGAAGCUACCCGGCCUUUGCCGAAGAUCAAGGCAAGAAGGACGAGAAAAAGGAGCAUGGGUUAUCCGAUUUUCUCACCGAGUCUCAACGCGGAGACUUGAUGGUCUUGAUUUCGGUCGUGCUUGAGCAUAUGCGGAAGACGGUUUCACAAAAUUUCGAAGCACCUUCUAGUUCCAAGGCGCAAAAUGACCUGUCAGAACAGCAAAAUUCAGGAGAUUCCACACACGAACGAGAUUUGCCGGCGAGGAGCGCUGAAGAGAGCAUAGAUACUGCGUUAGCCUUGAAUCAGGCAUCGAAAACCCAGGCACUCGCAUAUUUCGACGAAUGGCACAAUUCAGUCUUGCUGAGGGUUGGCCAGGUCUUGAAUGAGCGUGGGGAACCCCAGAUCGACCAGACUUCGUUCUUAACGAGUGACGACAAUCUACUAGAAGAGUCGACAAAUUCAGAUAAAGAGACACCAAGUCAGUUGUCAAAAGUGUAUCCGCCUUUUGAUAGCGUGGUUAGCGAUCUACCCAAAGCGCAAAGACUUCUUGUUCUUCGGUCUCUUUUACUCCUGCUUCUUGGCCUUGAGCAUUACAGCGCGUACUCACGAGUGCUUUUGUUACAUAUCACCUCAUCUUUAAACCUUGCUCUCAGAGACCUAAAUGACAAUGAAGCUCAGGUGGCUCGUGGUCUGCUUGAUGCAGCAAUAGCUAUGACUGCAGACGAGGAAGCAAAACAGAAGGCAGCCCAGAACAAAAAAGCUCGAAAAUGGAAAGUGGGCGUUGCGACGGUAGCUGGUGCCGCACUUAUAGGCAUUACCGGUGGUCUUGCGGCACCCCUGGUAGCAGCUGGAUUUGGUACUAUAAUGGGAGGAUUAGGCCUUGGUAGUACCAUUGCCGCUACCUAUUUAGGAGCUCUCGCUAGCAGUGGGGUAGUAGUCGGUGGUCUGUUUGGAGCUUAUGGCGGGAAAAUGACCGGCAAGAUGAUGGACAAGUAUGCGAGGGAAGUUGAAGACUUUGCUUUCAUUCCUGUACGGGGAAAAAUACAAAAGAAUCUCAAGGAUGAGAAAGACGCUGCAAAGGAAGAUCACCGUUUGAGGGUAACAGUGGGAAUUACUGGCUGGGUGACUGAAGAGGACAACAUUGUCGUACCGUGGCGAGUUAUCGGCCCUGAAUCGGAAGUUUUUGCUCUUCGUUGGGAAUACGAGGCACUUCUCCAUCUCGGAAACUCCAUGCAUGCUCUAGUUACUACUGCGGCAUGGAAAGUCGCCAGUUACCAGGUCCUCGCUCGCACAGUGUUGGCAGGUAUCAUGAGCGCUGUCCUGUUGCCUAUGGGGAUUGCGAGACUUGCUCAAAUAGCCGCGAACCCAUUCAAUGUCGCCAUCUCAAGAGCUGAUAAGGCCGGCGAAGUUCUCGCCGAUGCUUUGAUUAACAGAGCUCAGGGGAAGCGCCCUGUGACUUUAAUCGGCUAUUCUCUAGGCUCUCGGGUUAUAUACUCCUGCCUGCGAAGCCUUGCCAAAAGACACGCCUACGGCCUUAUCGAAUCCGCCAUACUCAUGGGAUCGCCAAUCCCCGCAGAUCCAGCUGGCUGGCAAGCAAUGCGCACCGUCGUUUCUGGUCGUCUUGUGAAUGUCUAUUCCCAGAACGAUUCUAUCCUUGCACUCCUCUACCGCGCUACUCAUCUAGAGGUUGACAUUGCGGGCCUGCAGCCAGUUAAGGGUGUCCAAAAUCUCGAGAAUGUAGACGCCAGCACAACUGUUGACGGUCAUCUCCGCUAUCAAUUCCUCGUCGGCCAAGUUCUCAGCGACCUUGGCUUUGAAGAAGUCGACGGUGUUGAACUUGCAAAGGAGAAAACCGCCCUUUUAGUCCAAGACAAGGCGAUUGAGCAGGAACAAAAGGAGAACGAGAGACGAAAGCAAAUAACUCGAAAACCAGUCCCGCCAACAAACACGCAACACGACGAAAAACAAAAGGAGAAAGAGGAAGAGGACGAAGAGGAGGAGCAAUUCGGUAUAACUAUGAUAGACGAGGAAGAGGAAGCUCGACUUCGGCAGGAAGUCGAGCAACGCACACACGAGCAGAUGAUGAACCGGAAAAUGCAAUACCUGCGUACGCAUGAUUAA